AUGUCCAGUAACGUAUUUUCGGUUAACGAAACAGCCAGAACGUUCACUCGAAACAACGAUAAUGUCGUCAGCGCACUUGAGCAAAUCCCAGUAAAUGUUACCAUUGCACUUAUAACAGCUAUGAGCGACGCAACCGUCGCUAACGCAUCAGUGGUACAGGAUCAGCUCAUAUGGGUUUAUCAUAGUCAGAGAUUAUGGAUUAUUUACGGUACUUCCCUGGCUUUAACGGCUGCAUGUUGCGCCAUCAGAUCGCCUUCUAUAUUGCAAGAUAGACAGGAUAGCGACUUGGCUUUCUGGGAUAUUGUCCGGGAGACAAGGAACUUGGAUGCAGUAGUAGAGGAAGAGAAAUCCGGGAAAACGAGAGGCGAUACCUUGCUACAGUAUGCUGUGCAAGGAAAGAAUCCGGAUACGGAUACUUCAGGUGUCUUCGUACUGACCAGGCCUCAUCACAAGGGGUCCAGCUAGAUACCAGGAUACGACAGGCUAUUUUAUGUAGGACGUGC